CCGGGAGUGCGCACCCUGCCCACAAUACACGGCGAUAAACAACUAAGAUGGCGGAGGAAGAAGAGGGAGGAGGCGAGCAGUUGGAUAACCGGCUGCUGCCGCCGGAGCUAGAUGAUGAUGAUGAGUUUGCCGAGAUGGAAGUUGAAGAUCAUGACAGUGAAAAACCAAUCGUCAUCAAUUUUGAUCCAAGUCUACCAACAACACACUCUUACUUGGGAGCGGACAUGGAGGAGUUUCACGGUCGUACAGUGCAUGAUGAAGAUAGCAAUCCAACCAUCCCUGUUCUUCCUCAUGUAGCAGUUAUUCUUAUUCCGGGACAAACAUUACCAUUGCAGCUUUUUCGUCCUCAGGAAGUAUCCAUGAUGCGAAACCUGAUUCAGAAGGACAGGACAUUUGGCAUCUUGGCAUACAGUGAUCGUUCUGACAAAGCUCCAGAAUUUGGAACCACAGCAGAAAUUUAUGAAUAUAGGGAGGAGCAAGAAUUUGGUAUUGAAACUGUAAAAGUCAAAGCUGUUGGGCGUCAAAGGUUUAAAGUUCUUGAAACAAGAACUCAAACUGAUGGAAUUCAGGCGGUAAAAGUUCAGAUCCUACCAGAGUGGAUCCUUCCUUCAAGUAUAGCAGGAGUUCAGCUUAAUUCACUGAACAGACUUCAUAUGUUUGUUUCAAAUAAGCCCCCUGCCUGCCGAUUAAAGCAAAAUCAGAAGUGGUGGCAGAAGUAUCAAAAGAGAAAUUUCCACUGUGCAAAUCUGACGUGGUGGCCUCCGUGGGUAUAUUCGUUGUAUGAUGCGGAAAUACUGAUGGAAAGAAUGAAAGCACAACUCCGAGAGUGGGAUGAAAAUCUCAAAGAUGACUCCCUUCCGACAAAUCCUGUAGAUUUUUCUUAUAGAGUUGCUGCUUAUUUGCCUAUUGAUGACAAUUUAAGAAUUGAGCUGCUUAAAAUUGGUAGCGCUAUUCAGCGGCUUCGUUGUGAAUUGGAUCUGAUGGACAAAUGCACAUCUCUUUGUUGUAAAAUAUGUCGCCACACAGAAAUAACCACAAAAAAUGACAUAUUCAGUUUAUCAUUAUAUGGACCCAUGGCUGCCUAUGUGAAUCCUCAUGGUUAUGUACAUGAAACCUUCACCGUAUAUAAAGCUAACAACCUGAACUUAAUCAGUCGGCCAUCAACUCAGCAUAGCUGGUUCCCUGGCUUUGCGUGGACCAUAGCCCAGUGCCGUACUUGUGGAAGUCACAUGGGCUGGAGGUUUACAGCAACCAAGAAAGACAUGUUGCCCCAGAAAUUCUGGGGGUUAACACGAGCAUCUUUGCAACCCAGAAUACCAGAACUGGAUGAUGAAGGUCAACAUGAAGGAUGCUGGCAACCAUGUCGUUAAUAUGUGUGUAUAUGUAUGUGUACAUAUAUAUAUUUUAUAUAAAUAUCUAAAAGUGAAUAGCACUGUAGUUACUUGGGCCGUCGAACCUCUGGUUCUUAUCACAAAGUUAUUCAAGAAAAUAAUAGCAAACUGAGUGGCAUGCAUAGCAUAGCUGUUAGAUCUACGUUACAACAAGCUGAUUCAAUAUCAAAUGGAUUACAUAGCACCACCAUCGUCAAAUAGCUGCAGAUUGUGACCAUAAAUUGCAGUGUUGUAAACAACUCGCCCCAGAUUAGGUGCAGUGAUUUAACAAAGGUAAUCUUGUAGAGGAAAAAAACAUUUGUAGUUAACAUGACCAUAAUUAAAAUAUAUAUAGAAACAUGGAAAAUAGGUGCAGGAAGAGGCCAUUUGGCCCUUCGAGUCUGCACCGCCAUUUAUUGUGAUCAUCCACAAUCAGUAACCCGUGCCUGCCUUCUCCCCAUAUCCCUUGAUUCUGCUAGCCAAUAGAGCUCUAUCUAACUCUUUAAUUCAUCCAGUGAAUUAGCCUUUACUGCCUCCUGUGGCAGAGAAUUCCACAAAUUCACAACUCUCUGGUGUGAAAACGUUUUUUCUCAUCUGUUUUAAAUGGCCUACCCUUUAUUCUUAAGACUGUGGCCCUUGGUUCUUGACUUCCCCUGCAUCUAACUUGUCCAGUCCUUUUAUGAUUGUAUACGUUUCUAUAAGAUUCCCUCUCAUCCUUCUAAAUUCCAGUGAGUACAAGCCCACUCUUUCCAAUCUUUCCUCAUAUCGUCUCACCAUCCUGGGGAUUAACCUCGUGAACCUACACCUCAAUAUCAAGGAUGCCCUUCCUCAAAUUAGGAGACCUGCACACAAUACUCCGGAUGUGGUCUCACCAGGGCCCUGAACAAUUGCAGAUACUCUACUCAAAUCCUCUUGUUAUGAAGGCCAACAUACCAUUAGCUUUUUUCACUGCCUGCUGUACCUGCAUGUUUAAUAUUGCGUGGAGUCUACGGGAGCCAUUUUUUAAAGAUAUGAAAUUGUCAGAUAUUUGACUAUUUAAUGUACCAAGGAAGAUUUACCAUAACUGUUUGGACAGGUUCCUACAUUGCCAUUACUUCUCCCUCUAUUUUGAUUGACGUAUUAAUUUGUAAUUUCAAAUAUAUUUCACAUUUCUUUUUGAUUGGGAAAUCUAGAUACCUUAAUAUGGUGUUUGUAAAAAUACCUCAGUGAAAAACCCCUCCAUUGAAUGAAUAAUUUUCUUCCAAUAUCUUACUGAGUAUUCAACUGGAUGUUUGACUGUAACAACCUACUCAAUUGAAUUCCCAAAGAUGAAUGCCGGACGAGUUAUGGCAUUGGCUUAUUUCUGUAGCUUUUAAGCAAAUGAGUACAGGCAUGGAAGAUUGGGAACCUAAACCAAAUUCACUUUACAUAUAGAACUUGGGUCGAGUUUGGAUACAUUCACCUUAUUUCUCCCAUUCAUAUUAAUAGCUUGUGGGAAAUGGCUCCCUGAGUUACGGUUAUAUAUUCUGAAUGGGUGAGCUUCAGUGUAGUACAAUGCCAUAAAUCAGUCUCCAUUACUGCAGACUCUAAAAAGCAAUAUGCUGUUCGCAAUCUAAUUAAGGAGUUAUCCUAUUUGAAUUUUGCAUGUACGCUAAUGAGAUAUCCAUUGAGCAUUAUCUUUUUUUAAGAUGCUGGCUGACUCCUAACAUUUUAUAAGAUGGAAACUUUCAAUUAAGCCUUUUUGAUCAUCAUUUUGUGCAAGUCUGUGAGUAUACUUGCAACAAGAUUAUACUAACAACUUAAUGCUUCAAUUGUAGUUUUACGAUAAAUCCAGUUAUUCUGCUGAAAAAGUAUCUGCUGUGUCCAUUUCAAAGUAGCUAGUGUAUUAUUAAUAGACCAGAAUUCUUGAUGUGGUCAACUUGUUAAUACAGUGCUGUUCAAUGUUUUCAUUCUGGCAAAUUACUUAGUUCCUAGUAAAUGGUGUUAUAAUGAGAUCUAUUUUUCUUGAGAUAGUUGUAAAUAAUGGAAUUUACUGUGUUUAAUAAUUGAGAAUAAUUGUGUUGAAAGCAGUUUUAAUUGUAGCUGUUAUGGGGAAACAGUGCUCUUUUCGUGAGAUUCCGUUGAGAGAAAUUUAUACUCUUUUUUGCAAGCAUUUGGAAAGGAACUAUGAUACAAAUGAAAUGAUUAAAGAGAUUUUGAAGACAUUAACCA